CUAGUAUUUCGUAUCCGGAUGUUGAAAACAAGAUGUCCCCACCCCAAUGUCAAGAUGGUUUGAACUAUGCAGUACAAGUCCAGAACUUUUGGGACUUAUCACGCAUGACAAGUUUAGCUUUAUUGCAGCGCAGUUGUGGGUGCGUGAGUAACUGGUCAAGAUGUAUCGGAAACGGAAACCCACUCAUUCUAUUACCCGGAAUGUCACUAGAAAAACAAAACGCCUCCUAUGGUGGAGAAGAGCCGCGUGAGAAACAACAUCCUGAGCAUUCAAAUGUGCAUGACCAGGUGGGGACGUACUUAAUUUUCACUGGAUUUACAUAAUUCUCAAUCUCACUCAGGAGCUUGUUAGAAUCACGAUGAAGAACAAUGGGAUGAAGAUCCGUGGGCGUGGCUACACUUUUUUUCUCUCCUUGCUGCCACUCGUGCUGGUCGUGGAGGCAACUGUUCUGGUGCCUUCCAGGAGGGAUUUUUACUCAAGAACAAGGGGCGGCAAGAACGAGACACUGGACAAUGAGCAGGAUCCGAAAAACGGCACGGGCCAGAAGAUUAUAACCCGCUCAAGUGUAGUUUUUACAGUUGCAACCGUUACAAAAUGAUUUCGGCAUUUUGUACUAUAUGGACCCGCUAAGAAGCACUGAAUGUGGAUUCGCGUUCAACAACUCUGUCAUGCAACACACUGAAUAAUGUUUAUAGGUGCUGUGGUCUUGAUUUGGAUCACGACCUACCGUUCCAAAUCGCUGUUUUUCACACGAUAGUGACAGUUGUGAUUGUAAACACAUGUUGAGCACGUCAUAAGAAAAGUAGGUGUAUCUGAUCGGACUCCAGAAAAUGAAAAAGAAAUACGUCCACCGGAACAAGAAGCGGCAAAAAAAGACGAAGGGCCGAGAACUGGCCUUGACAAGGAAUAUUUCUUGCCUGUGGAGCGAUACGAGUCCCUGUUCCGCCGGGAACUGGAGCGCCUGACCUCGGUCACCUUCAAGCUAUCUUACAGGAAAGUACACGCCGCGCGCUCAAUACCAGAAAAAAAGCUCGAUUUUGUGUUGGUGUUUUUCUGGUGUCACAAUGCUCAACUUCUCGUACUGCUGCUGGUGCAAGAGAAACAUGGAUAAGAAGAAGGUACUGUGCGAAAAAAUAUAUAGGUGUGAUCGUGAUGGUAAAAAAAGGGGCCACGCAAAUGUGUUACGCUGAACACCCAAGAAGGGGCACAAAAAAGAGCAUGGCAAUAUUAGUAAAUAAUAAUUUAUUUAUAUGAUACUAACGCAGCUAGUGGCUGAAGAGGCUGACGUCGUGUGCUUUCUCUUUCUUGAUAGACGCUUACGUCGGAAAGGGCCCCCUGCCAGGUUCACCUCAGCAUUCCGGAGCUAUCAAAUGUAAAAAUGUCUGGGUCUGGAAGAUUGCAAGGUUUGUCAUGCACAUUUUGCAUGACUCCUGAUGUCUGUGAUGCAUGCCCUAGCAUCACAGAUUUUGUGAGGGCUUCCUGAUGCCUAUACCGCAUGACAAAUGCUCUUUCCGUGUAGCAAAACUUGGACUCUCUUUGCUGCUCAUGCAAUACAGAUUUUUUCAAGAUCCAAAAUCAGCAUGACAAGUUGGAUUCUUCCAGACCCAGACAUUUUUACAGUUGAUAGGAGCUCGAAUCGUACAAUGGGUCGCAGUAUCAAAUGUAAAAAUGUCUGGGUCUGGAAGAAUGGAAGCCUUGUCAUGCUUGUCUGGCAUGGCCCAUGAUGCUUGUAAUGCAUGACCCAGCAUCACAGAUUUUUGGAAAGCUUCCUGAUACCAUUUCCGCAUGACAAAUGCCCUCCUCGCGUAGCACAAAUGUGGCUCCUCUUGCUGGUCAUGCAAUGCAGAGUUUUUUAGAGUCCAAAGUUAGCAUCACAAGUUCCAACUUUCCAGACCCAGACAUUUUUACAUUUGAUACGCAGAAAAUACGUGGAGCCACGACCACGACACCAGGAAGGUCUGCCGCAGGAGAUAUCGUAAGGAAAAAUCCCCCCUCCGCAUAUUGAAAGCGUAUCCGUCUGAAAAUUUGCGAUGCGCAUUUGUGACCUCAAAUCCUGUCUGUCUUGCAAGAAGGCAAGUCCAGAGAGCGCCCCGCAUUUUGCAGGCGGUUUGUGAUGCUGUUGGGCUUAGAGCAUAAACGUCUGCCAUGCUAGGCACCUACGUCAAAACCUCUAGACUGAGGCUUGGCAUAUGCCUGCAGUCCUGUACUGCAAGACAAAUGUGAUUCGUGUAUGGAAAUCCAGCAUCAGAAACGUUGUCUCGAUAUGGGGAGGGGGGAUUUUUCAUUUUAAUUGGAGACGUUCCGUUCUUUGUAGACGCCCAGCCCGGCGAUAUACUGUACGACUUCUGCUACUCCAACUAUUUGGAAGAUCUGAAAAACCACUACGAUGCUAGCAACCUGCCCCACGCGGCCCUGCCGCUGGGCAGCAGCCUUGUGCAGUGGGACUUUGGGUUGCCAGAUCGACUAUGGAUUGCAAAUGUUUGGGGGUUAAUAUCUGGAGAGAUGCAAACAUUUCAUGUUCGUCUUGUAGGACGACGCAUCGUCAAGGUCAACCUGUCAUGCGUGGAGAGCAGCGUUGGUCUUUUUUCUUCAUAGUAGAAAGGUGGUGUUUGAUGUACGUGUCAUACUUAAAGGAAAUAAUGGGGAGGCAUUGUUCAUCUGAUGCCCUGUCAUGCGAUGCUGUGGCAUCAUGCUAUGUAUAGAGACUACAUUCUGCAUGCAAAAAAGAAAGCCUGCGUCUCUACAAAAGUUGCAGCUGUCUUCCAGCAGACCUUCCGGAUCGAUGUUUGCACUUGAUGUCGACCGAACUUUUGGUAUCGCCGGGAGGUGGAAGGGAGCGAAGAAAAUGCCGAAGCCGAAGUACGGGAGCAGCAGCAAUUCGUGACUCACAAUUCCGCUUCUCAUGAUCGUAGUGGUUCUUCCCGGUCGAGUGAUAAUGUAAAGAUAGAUGAUGUGAACAACGGCACUUUUUUUCACGACAGCAGCAGCCCCCAAGAAGAAACAAGCGCCGAUGAAGAACAUUAUGUAGAAAAUGAAAAAAAUGUGCAUAAAAAUCCGACGUCUUUCUUGCUUGCAGCGGAGGUAGGAGGCGAAACGUUGCACAACGGGCUGCAAGAAGUGGGGAUCGACUCUGGAGGCGGAGGGAAUAUGAAACGCCAGAACGUCACCAGCUGGGUGCCCGCAGAUGUUGAGGUUGACCAAGAACAGGUCGCGGUAGAACAAGCAGCUCCCUCCUUCACCAAUAUCAUGGCUACGAAAAAAAGGAAUACAAGAACUGUUUUCAAAAUGAUGAGUUCGGUUCCCAAGCCCUGGGUCCGCACGCUCCGAGCCGAAGAAAUGCUGAUCUUUGGCUUGUCUCCUAAGCCAUCCUCAUCUGUAGUAGUGGAGUCACAACAUCAACAAGAGGAGCAGGAAGACGAUUCUGCGACAGCGGAAAAAACCGAACAGCAGCAGGAAGAAGAUCUGGGCGUUCAUUUUCCGCUGACAAGAGACGAGAUGCAAGCCCCCACGAGAACCUCGAGCGCAGAAUUGACAGUUUAUCCCAGAGAAAAAAUGAUGUAGCAUAGAGGAUGUCAAAAGUCACGUCCAUAUUUAUUUUGCAUAAGCACCUCCAGCACCGUGCUGUGGGCUCGCCCGUAAGACGACGUGCGCUACUGUCAUCAUAGAAGUGUAUUCAUAAUAUCGCAUCAAGGAUAUGGUAUACAACUAGUUUUUUUCUGUUGGAUACAGUUGCCAGCUUCUUUCACCGAUCAGCGGAGACUGUGCUGAAUUGCUCGCUGAUGUAUCUGACGCGCAGCGAUCUGUGGUAUCCUGUGUAAAAACGCACCCAGCAUUGCCUGUCUUGAAAACCGUUCAUGUGCAGGAAAGGGGACGCGUCUCGUGCCAAUGCGGCUCCCCCUGAGAGGCAUUUUCUGAAUGUUAUGUUGUAGCUUCUUCCCGUGCUCUACCAUGUACGUAGUGUGAAGCAGUUGUCAUGUGUGAUUCCGAGCAAAUAUACUUCUGGAUUUCAUCGCUUGCAGGACUCUCCCAUUAUGGUUGUUUCAACAUUUCAGGAUGAAACGCAUAAUGAGUAUGAAACAGAAACGAAAAUUCCAUCGUGACUCUGCCUGGGGACAACUUGGGUACAUUUUUACACAGGAGAGGUGGCAGUACAACACCUACGAGCGCAACAUUUCGUUCGUUGUGCGAGAUCCACCUCCGCGUCCCGAUCAAACUGGUGAUGAGAGUGAAAUGGGGAACUCGACCUGGAGUUCAGAAGUGCAGACGUUGGAACGGGAAUUGGAGCGGGCAGCGCUUCUACACGUGGAUGCAGAAGAAAGGAAAACUUCUGCAGCGCGGCCAGCGGUAAAAACAUCACGGGCAUCUUCUACACUACAGACCACUUCCUCUUCAUCGAUGUUGAAAAUGAACCAUAAUAUUGAACAAGGCGCAGCAGGAGUAGCAAAUGCGACACAGAGGAUGAGCACUACCAGUGCGCACCCAAUAAACCAGGUAGAAAAGGAAAAGGAUCGGGUUCGGAGGUAUCGCAAUUGCCGCUUAAGGCUGGAGACAAGAGGCAGCUACUACCCGCAGAACCAUUCUCACAGCGCCUCUAGUGCAGCGAGUACAACGGCCGAACCUUCAUCUGCUUCGCCCCAACAUCAUGUUCUUCUUGAGCCGAUUCUUUUACUAGAAAAGAGCUGGCCAGCGCCGCAUUGUAAAGGAUUGCUCUACACCAACUACAAGAGGAGCAACGGAACUACAACGACUAUGAAUAACAGCGUCGGAGGUCUGGAGAAAGAGGACACCGUGCCCCGGCGUGGUGUCACGGUGGCGGAGCUGCUCGACGAAGUGCCAGCGGAACUGUGGGAGCGGCACGGCGCGGCGACGAGGCUCAUCCCGGACGAAGCCGACCUUGUGGCGAUCAGACUUUCGGUCCACUUUGAUCUGGACGUUGAUGUCUCCGGGAGGAGCGCAGAGCUGGCGUCGAGUGGUGUUACCGUGUAGAAAAGCGUUCCCACAACUCCAGAUUUGUCGUCAUGUAAGUCUGCAAGCCUAGUAAAUUGUUUCUCAUGCGGCGCAGGAGCCCGAUGGCGAUGAGCAGCAUUGUCCAAAAAUGCUAUCGGUAAGUUUGUUAUGCUAGAAGAAGGACCACAAGAUGAGGGCCGAUUGGUAGUGAUGAGGCUGCACUUCUAGCUAACCACGACGACGCUAGAGACCCAAACUUGUGGUUGACCCCGGUUCGCGGCAGCCGCACAGUCUGGUUAUAGCGCAAGGGCAAAUAAGACUCUUGAUUUGUAUAGCAAAGCUGCCAUCUGGACGAAUGGGGCGUUUUUCCUGCGGAUAAGUUUUCACGAGAAGAGUCGUUUGAAGGCGCGGCUGGCGGAGUUCAGAGAACGGCAAGCACGGGAGAAACGGGUACAGCCAGCGGAUCUCGGUGCUGUUGAGAUCAGGGUCAUUACUGGGGGCCCCGACAAAGGUCUUGUUCAGAAGCACGCUGUAGAUCAAAGACGAGAGCCACUAGGGGGAGAUGAACUUCUACAAGAAGAAACGACCUCCAUGCGACGGCUGCCGGAAAUUGAGCCCGAUCGACGAGCAGGUACUAGUGCGAAUAAAGAGCAAGGGGCUGACGCGUCGACGUCCUCACCCUCUUCAUUUACUUCGGCGUUCACGUUGAUGGGGGAUGAAAUAGGACGAAAUAAAAUAAAGGUUUCUAGUACUGGAGAUUUGAGUGCUGGUGAUCAUCGUUGGCUGGCUACGGAGUGGACCAUGGAAAAGAAUAUCUUCGCCAGAACGGAUUUUUCAGCUUCCAUGCUGCGUCGAAGCAACGCGUUAGCUUCGACGUUUCUGCCUCCUGGGAUUUGCUCCUUUUCCGGGGUACCCGCCUCCAAACGCACGUAGCGCUCGCGACACAGGAGCAGCUGGAGCAAAGGACAAGGGAAAAGAAACGCGCGCGGCUGAAGCUCGAGCAACAACGGCCCACUGACGCGGUAUCGCGACGAAAAAUUUCGCCUGAGACCACAAGGAAACCUGUGAUCAUGCUGAUUUGUGGCCAAAAAUCAACUUACACACAGGCUAAGUAAAAACAUUCGGGAGCGAUGUGCUGGCGCAGUCUACAGCGAAUCAGUCAUGCGCUUUCGCCUGCGUCAAGCUCAAUGAUAUUUGUCAUCCUAGAUUGCUAGCCGGCAGCUGCAUUAGAAUAAAAAUUUACCCAAACAGCAGGUCCAGAGAAUGCCUGCAAGCGCUCGUUGCACUACAGAUUAGUGUACAUCGCAAAGAAACCUCGCAUAACUACAAAUUUCCUUUUGAGUAUGUGGAGGCGGCGGGAUUUUUGAUUUUGAUACGCGGAAACACUGCUUCUCUUCGCGGCUGCUUUGUCGGGCAUGCAACUCAGUAGCCUCAGAGUGAUGGACCGCCCUCCUUACACACCUUACCGCCUU